AUGACGGAACGCCGGACACGGCAGGCGGCGGCGGCACACCGGCUGCCGCCCUGUGGCGCGCCGGUCUCGUCCCUUCUGGAACGGCGCGGCAUCCAGCCGACGAGACGCGCUGCGUCGCCGACGGGGUACAUCGCGGCUGCUCCACGGAGAGUCGGAGGCGACGCCGCGCAGCGUGGGUGUCGGCGGCGUGCUUCGGCGCCGAGCGUCCGCGAACCACUGAGCGGGCGAGCCGGCGCGCCUGCUGGCCUACCUCUAGCGCGGCUCGCCGUGCUGCGCCGCGGCCGCUGCUGCGAAGCCGACCGAGACGCCACGCCAGGCCGCACACUGCCGCGCCGCGCCGCGCGACCCAAAAACACUGACGUCCGGGCUUGGCGCUCGGCGCUACGCUACGCCGCGCCCCCCGUGGGUCGAUUCCCCCGCCCCUCACCGCCACCCCGCAGACCGACGGGUGGUGCCGGUGCGCCGCCACCUACCCCUCGACGGCCGCCGACCUUCGCGCCCGAGAGGAAGAAACAUUUCCUUCUACAAGCCAGUCAGUCAAGGGUGCGACCCAAGUCGACAGGACUCUAUCCGAAGCACUCGAGAGACUUCGCACAGGCCACUACGCUAACCGACGAACGUUCGUCUGUUCCACGUGGUCGCCAAGGAUGA